GCCUUGCUACCAUGUUGACACUCUGUGAUUCAUUCACAGAUUUCACGAUCAUAGUAAGCAAUGAGGUCACAAGUGACAUCUUGCUUACUAACUUCUGAGCAUGUGAUCACCCAUUGGUCCAAUCAGUGAAUCACAUGAGCGGGACCUCGUACAGAUGUCCCGUCUCAAACGAUCGAGAGUUAUUCUACUGUGUCCGGAGGCACACAACGGGUCACCGGAUCGCGGUGCCUGCAACGCUCCCAGGGAGCGCGCACAAGCAGUGCCGUUUAUAUACAACGGGCUGGUCGGGAGGUGGUUAAAG